AUGACGGCUAAAUUUGAAUACCGAACACCGUUGCAGAAUUAUUGGAAGUACAGAAACACAAACCAAAUAGCUGAUUUGAAUAAUGUCAGCAACAGUAUAUAUUUUCCUACAAAGCAAACACCAAAUCAACAUAUAGCUUUCUUGAAAGUCCAUAAAACGGGAAGUACAACGGCCCAGGGACUCUUCCUACGUUACGGACUCAAAAGGAAUUUAACUUUUGUUGUUGCCAAUAAUAAAUCAUGGUUUCCUAAUAUUAUCAGUCUAGAAGAAUCAGUUAUACCAGGAUACAAUAUCAUUCCACCUCCUAAAGGUAAAAGAUACGAAAUAUUGUGUUUCCAUGUUGUUUAUAACCGUUCCGCUUUUGAAAGAAUCAUGCCAAAUGAUACAAAAUACAUAGGAAUUGUCCGAGAACCGUUUCUGCAUUUCAAAUCCUCCAUUCGGUAUUUUAAUUAUGGUGGACAUAAUGGACAUGCUCAGUAUCUUCGUCAUUUUCUACAGAAUUCCACUUCGACCCAAAGAAAAGAAAACAGCAAUCCAGCAACAUCCUUUUUGAAUAACAGAAUGGCUUUUGAAUUCAAUUUUCCAUUGCAUCUUUUUGAUUCUUUCAGCUCGUAUGAGGUGAAGCAAUAUUUAGAGAAACUUGACAAAGAAUUCGACCUUGUCAUUAUAAACGAAUAUAUGGACGAAUCAAUCGUACUUUUAAGACGAAUGUUAAACUGGGAUGUUAAGGAUGUUCUGUUUGUCAAUCUGAAUGUUAAUCAAGGAACUUCAGACUUGAAUGAAAUUGGACUGAAGGAAAUUCAUUUACAUCGACAGUUUGCUACACUUGAUUACGAAUUAUACCAUUUCUUUCUAAAACGUCUAUGGAAACAAAUUCAUUCUUAUGGACAUGAUAUUCUAGAAGAAAUUUCUUAUUAUAAAUUGUUAAGAAAGAACUUAGAAAACUUUUGCAAUAGCAAAGAAACACCAAUAUUGAUUGUAGAAGAAUCGAGAUGGAGUUCGUCAUUUCCUGUAACUCAAAAGGACUGUAAUUUUAUGAGACAGGGGGAAUUUUGGUAUCUUAACGAAAUUAUGAAGCAGCAAUAUUCCUAGACAACUGAAAAAUGACUUCCUACCCCCCCCCCCCCACCACCACCACCACCCUCAGUUUCUCUGUAAUCAUAUCAGGAAAUUUCAUAGCACUGACAAUUGAAUCAGCUAAUGUUUCCUCAUGUACCACAUACGACAAGUCUCGUUUAGACUACUCAGUAUCUUUUUCAUGCAAUGAAGAUAAUGUUUGGAAAGAUAAAACUUUACAGUCACGAUAGAUUUAUGAAUUAAAUAAUGCAUGUAGAUGUGUUCAUCUACUGAACAAUACGAGUCA